AUGUCUGUCACUAAGCUUGCUGGUGUUAUUCUCGGCUCGGCCGCUCUCGUUGCUGGUCACGGUUACGUGUCGGGUGCUGUUGUCGAUGGAACCUACUACGGCGGUUACAUUGUCACUUCAUACCCCUAUGAGAGCGAUCCCCCGGAGACUAUUGCUUGGUCUACUGAGGCUACCGACUUGGGCUACGUCGAUGGUACCGAGUAUGCUGAAGCCGACAUCAUCUGUCACAAGAGUGCUAAGCCCGGUGCCAUCUCUGCUGAGAUCAAGGCUGGUGGUACCGUUGAGCUCCAGUGGACUACCUGGCCUUCUAGCCACCACGGUCCCGUCCUAACCUACCUUGCCAACUGCAAUGGUGACUGCAGCAGUGUCACCAAGACCGACCUCGAGUUCUUCAAGAUUGAUGAGAGCGGUCUCAUCGACGACACCGACCUCCCUGGUACUUGGGCCACGGACAAUUUGAUCUCCAACAACAACAGCUGGACUGUGACCAUUCCUUCUGACAUUGCGGCUGGCAACUACGUCCUGCGCCACGAAAUCAUUGCCCUCCACUCUGCUGAGACCAAGGAUGGCGCUCAAAACUACCCUCAGUGUCUCAACUUGAAGGUUACUGGCGGUGACAGUCUUGCUCCCUCUGGUACUGCUGGUGAGAGCUUGUACAAGGACACUGACCCUGGUAUUCUUGUCAACAUCUACGAGACUUUGACUUCCUACGAUAUCCCCGGACCCGCUAUGUACAACGCCACCUCCACCUCCAGCUCUUCCAGCUCUGCCAGCUCUGCCAGCUCUGGCUCAUCCAGCACCGCCGCUGCCUCCAGCAGCUCUAGCACCACUGCUGCCGCUGCUGCCGCCACCAGCGCUGCUUCUUCCGUCGCUACUAGCGCUGCUUCUUCUGUCACCUCUGCUGCUGGCUCCGUCAUUACUCAGACCGCUACCGCAGUUGAGACGGAUACCGCCACUGCCUACCAGACCUCUACUGAGGUUGAGCAAGUCACCGUCACUGGUAGCGCUCCUCAGCAGACCUAUGUUGCCACUCCCAGCAGCUCCAGCUCUGCCUCCAGCAGCUCGAGUGCUUCUGUGUCUAGCACCACCAACCUUACCUCCUACUUCGAGUCCCUGAGCGCUUCUCAGUUCCUCAGCGUUCUCAAGGAGACCUUCAGCUGGUUGGUCAGCAGCAACAAGGUGCACGCUCGUGACCUUGCCCACUAA